CGGGGCCGAGCGUGAACGCAGAAAAGUGUGGGGCAGAAAUAAGAAGACAUGCAAGAUGAAAUGUGACGCGUCGCGGUCCGCGUGCAGGAAACCGGGUGUGGGGACGUCGGGUUGUGCGUCUCUGGUCCGAGCUCCCCGGGCUGUGAUUGGGCUGCAGGCUGCGUCCAAGCAGCAGCGACGCCCAGCGCACUCCAGAGGACAGAAACACACGGCAUAAAUGAAAGGGGGGGGGGGGGGGAUUACUUUGUGUUUGGGACUUUCCCUCCAUUUUUUCCUUUUUUCCUCUCCCGCGUGCUGCAGCUCUUCUUCCACAAGGAAAGCAAGAGAGCGCGGCUUUGUUUUCCGAAGCAGCAGAUUGUUCCUCCAGCAACCCUUUUCACACCAUUCAAGACUUGUGUUUGUGUUUUCCCAAGAAACUAUCCCUCCUUUUUCUGUGGGAAUUGUGCUCGUGUGCCUCAAACCGGCAGGUUUGGAGAAUGAUUUUGGAGGAGGACGUACCUUUUCUUCUCAAGGCGGCAUUGUUGCGGCGACAAAAACGGACUCUGGGGAUCUCUCAGCGGUGAAAGCGAACGCCUAGUUACCUACGAUCAGACGACCUGCAGUGACUCAGCGAAAAAGCAUCCGGACGUGGUCCCGAGCUCCCCGCGGCUGAUCGGGAGGGGCAGAGGUCCCCCAAGUUUCAAGAGAAGACGAAAGCCUUAUUUAGAAAUCUUAUGGACGAAGAAAUGAGUCGCCAGACUGCCACCGCGCUGCCCACCGGAACCUCCAAGUGCCCCCCCUCCCAGCGCGUGCCCACCCUGUCAGGCACCACGGCCUCCAACAGCGACCUGGCGAGCCUGUUCGAGUGCCCGGUCUGCUUCGACUAUGUCCUCCCCCCCAUCCUGCAGUGCCAGUCCGGACAUCUGGUAUGCUCCAACUGCCGGCCCAAACUCACCUGCUGCCCCACCUGCCGGGGCCCCCUGGGCUCCAUCAGGAACCUCGCCAUGGAAAAGGUGGCCAACUCUGUCCUCUUCCCCUGCAAGUACGCCUCGUCGGGCUGCGAGGUCACCCUGCCCCACACCGACAAGACGGAGCACGAGGAGCUGUGCGAGUUCCGGCCGUACUCCUGCCCGUGCCCCGGCGCCUCCUGCAAGUGGCAGGGCUCCCUGGACGCCGUCAUGCCUCACCUGAUGCACCAGCACAAGUCCAUCACCACGCUGCAGGGCGAGGACAUAGUCUUUCUGGCCACGGACAUCAACCUGCCGGGCGCCGUGGACUGGGUGAUGAUGCAGUCCUGCUUCGGCUUCCACUUCAUGCUGGUGCUGGAGAAGCAGGAGAAGUACGACGGCCACCAGCAGUUCUUUGCCAUCGUGCAGCUCAUCGGGACGCGCAAGCAGGCCGAGAACUUUGCCUACCGGCUGGAGCUCAACGGGCACCGGCGGCGCCUGACCUGGGAGGCCACGCCGCGCUCCAUCCACGAGGGCAUCGCCACCGCCAUCAUGAACAGCGACUGCCUGGUGUUCGACACGUCCAUCGCGCAGCUGUUCGCGGAGAACGGCAACCUGGGCAUCAACGUCACCAUCUCCAUGUGCUGAGAGCUUUCAAGAGGAGAAGGAUCCAAAAGUUACAGAUUGUCGGGGGGGCAUAUAUAUAUAUUUUUUUUUAAAAAUGGGUCAAAUCGGUCGUGACCUCGCAGUGCCCCACCAACCCCCUUUCCCCCCCCCUCCUCCCCCUUCCUCUUCUCUGCUUCACCCCUCGAGACGCGGAACUGGGCUGUGGUUGGGCAGCCGUGGACGCCCCUUUGGGUGCGAUGGAGGGACGAGAGGAGGGACGAAUAUUCACAUGGACGAUGCCUACAGACACACACGAACACGCACACGCACAGAUGGACGUAUCACAUGUGAGACUCUGGUUCAUGCAAACUGAAAGGCAGUUCAGUCAAACUGCUGCAGGUGAUUUUCCUCAUCACUUCCCUCAGUCCUCCGGAGACAUUUCAGGCCCUGCUGCUGUGCUCUGACGGCACCACACGACCAAGACGGACUCCUGGUCAGUGCUCUUCAGCUACUCCCCCCCCCCCCUACACACCCCCUCCGCCUCCCCCAGCCCUGAUUCCUUAAGGUUCGUAGUCUGCCUCCGACGUCCUGCCCCUCGAUCGACCGGUUGACAACGUGGCCGCCGGCGUGGCCUCAGAACCCGAGGGGUUUUGCCUGUGGCUGCUGGCGGGCCUAAGGGGGCCGCUUCCGCCCGACACGGGGCGCCCGGAGCCCGGUCCGGGAUGGCGGUGCGUCUCCAGGGCUGCGGACGGCGUCCCUCCGGUCCCGAAGGCUGAAGAUUGAGCAUCAAAUGCUCUUUAAGUAGUUGCCCGUCGUCGUCGUCGAUAGUUCUUAGAACGGAUGCUGCUCUCAUCCUGUACGGACGCGGUUGCCCUGUUUGUUUGUUUUGUUUGUUUGUCUCGCACACAAAACCCACACCUUUCAUUACAGACUGUGUGCCGGUGUAAGUAAUAGUGGAUCAAUUGAGUCGGUGCGUUCUAUAGGAGACUUCUUUUUUUUUUUUUCUCCCCCCACUGCAUUUCAAUUGAGUGCGUUUUUCUUCUGAGGAAUAAUUUUUUUUUUUUAUGUCCCGUUUCUUUUUAAUUCUUUUAGUUGUCUUUUUCUAUGAGGUCCGUGUGUGUGAAGUGCACGUGUGGCAAACAGCCGCUCGUCUUUUUAUUUGUCCUUCGACCACUGAUCAACUGACCGCGCAACCAGGAAUGAGGGACAGUUUCUACCGUUACAAUGUGGCUAUUGUUGUUGUUAUUAAAUGGAGAUUAUCAUAAUUAUCUUAUUUUGUAAUGACUUUUAAAAUGAAAAGGCAGUUGUAAAACUUGUGGCUAAAACUUCAGUGUUUUGUAGUUGAAAAGCAAGUUGUGUCGUUCUUCUGGAGGUUUGUGUUUCCCCCCCGAGUUGGAUUGGUUUACCUCAUCUGUUUGUCUCUGUCCUCUUGUUUGUGUGUCCCUUUUAUUGUCUACGAGGAGGGAGGGAGGGAGGGAGAUCAAGGCAUUCAUCUCUCCUUUUGCUCUCCGUGUGGAGUCUCCGUAUGUUGCUGCUCCUCCUCAACUCCUUUUACUUUGUUUGUUUUAAUUUGUCAUUAAAUAAAUCUAUCUUUUUCAUA